AUGGGCUGCAGUCAGCUGGAUGAGUUGACAGAAAAUGAGAGGAGUCAGAUUAUUAGGCGUCUGCAGACUGGGUCUGAAAUGAUGGUGUACCACCAGAAGGCUGAAAGACUCACUGUAAAAAUCAUAAUUGAAACCAAGCAAGUGGCUGUGUUCUGCUCUUCUGACAAAAUAAGCACAGCAUUGAACAUCGCAGAAAUCAAAGAGAUCCGUCAAUGGGAGACAUCAGAGGAUUUCCCUCGAUUUAUAGAAAAGAGAAAAUUUCGAAGAAUGUUUAACCAAUCAGUUCCACAGGACUGCAAAACCUGUUUUACCAUCUUUUAUGGCACAGAGUUUAUCUUAAAUUCACUGAGUUUUAACGCUGAUACAGUUGAGGAUGCAGAAAACUGGCUGAUAGGACUCGAGUUACUCAGACAGGAGACACUGGCAGCUAACACAACAGAAAUUAUAGAGAGUUGGCUGUGGAAGCAGAUGUACUCUUUUAACCAGACAAAGAAAAACAGUAUCUCCAAAAAAGAUCUCAAGUGUCUUUUGCGUAAGAUGAACUUUACUGUAUCAAGUGGACAUCUAGAGGAAGUUCUCGAGAUGGUGGGAGCAAAUGAAAAUGAUCUCAACUUUGAACAGUUUCAUAAAACCUACAAUCACUUUAUAUUCGAAAACCAAAAGUCGAUACUGGAAGAGUUUGAAAAAGGGCCAGCAGCUUUCAAAUUGAGGAACACAGAUGCACCUAAUUCUUCUACAGUUGGCCUCUAUGAUUUUCAAAAAUUCAUAUUAUAUCCACAGAGAGAGGCUUGGGCCAAAGAUCUUGAUCAGGUAAAAGAUUUGAUGAGCAUCUUCAUGGAAAACUCAAGAAAAACCAAUAAUCCAAAACUUACUGUUGGAGAGUUCCUCAGUUUCCUCUUCUCUAAAGAAAACUCUAUUUGGGAUGAGAAGUUUUCCGAGAUAAAUCCAUUGGAAAUGAACAACCCUCUGUCUCACUACUGGAUCAACUCUUCUCACAACACAUAUUUAACUGGAGAUCAAAUAAGCAGUGAAUCAUCAACUGAAGCAUAUGUACGUUGCUUAAGGCUGGGUUGCCGAUGCAUUGAGUUGGACUGCUGGGAUGGUCCAGAGGAACCUGUCAUAUACCAUGGUCGGACCAUGACCUCCAAAAUAAAGUUGAAAGAUGUGGUGAAGGCCAUCAAUGAUCAUGCUUUUGCAACUUCCGAUUACCCUGUGGUGCUGUCAAUAGAAGAGCACUGUAAUCCCAAACAACAAAAAGUGAUGGCUCAAAUGUUUCGAGAUGUGUUUCAAGACAAGCUCCUGACUGAGCCUUUGGAACCAAAUGCAAACCAGCUACCCUCACCAAACCAGCUAAAGGGCAAGAUCAUCAUAAAGCACCGCAAAAUACAAGAGAGCGAUUGCACCAUUAAGCAAAGUCCGGUGAAAAAAGUAAUUACCAGCUUCAAAAAAAUGAGAAACGAUUACAGGGACAAGUUUAUAGCAAAUGCUAAAGAAAGAGUUGUAAUGGAGAAGGAAGGAGAGCUUUGCAUUUGGGAUCCAAUUGAUGAGAGGUUUUAUAGGCAUGACUGUGUGCUCUCAGAUAAUAAGCUGUACUAUUCUGAAGAGAAGCAGCACGAGGACAAUCCAGAGGAUGGCUCAGACUUGCAUAUUUCAGAGCCCUGGUUUCAUGGACGAUUGGCCGGUGGCAGACACACUGCUGAGUUAUUACUGCAUGAUUUCUGUGAAAGAAGAAACAGAAUUGAUGGAACCUUCCUAGUGCGAGAGAGUGACACGUUUGUCAGAAACUACAGUAUCUCCAUCUGGUCAAAGAGUAGAAUCCGGCAUUAUAGAAUCUUCUAUUUUUUGGAAGAUGGUCACAGUUCCUUCUUUUUGACAAUCAAGGAGAUUUUUCCUAGCCUGUGUGCCUUGAUUCGGUAUUACAGACGGAACCCUAUUGAAUAUGAUGAAUUAAAUCUGUGCCUUGUGAGUUUCUUGCCUCGGCCCGAUUCUCUCCCACCUCCCAAAGCAGGGUGGUUUUACAGUAGCCUAAGUCGAGGUAAGGCAGAGGACUAUCUGAAAACAAUCCCUCGAGAUGGAGUCUUUCUUGUUAGAAAAAGAAAAGAACCAGACACCUUUGCCCUAUCCGUCAGAAUCAAGGACGAUGUCAAGCAUUUUCAGAUUCACAGAAAGAACAAGUAUGAGUUGGGAUCCUUUAGGUUUGACAGCCUUGAGGAGAUGAUCAGUAAUUUACAAGAGAUUCCAUUAAACUUCAAACUACGCUACCCUGUAACACCAGAACUAGUGGAACGCUUUCAGAAUAGGCACGAAGAGGAUCUCUCAACAUGGGAUAGUGAGACAUACAAGGAGAUUGCUGACGGUAAUCCAUUAGAAGAGCGAUGUCAAGGAGUUGUGGAUAUCUUUAAGUGUAAUAUUGAAUGCAUAACCAGACAUGGCACACCCAAAGUGGUGACCCUUAUAAAUAAAGAAACUUUAAAACGAAUCAAGUUCACAACUAAGAGCCUAGAGGAGGUGGAUGAAUGGUACCAGGUGAUACUAAACAUCAUCCAAAGACAUCAGAAUCGGGAGAAAAUGAGAAUAGAAGAAAUGGAGUCCAAUGCCAAUAUAGCUCUUGAGAUGUCUGACAUGGUGGUAUACUGCCAAUCUGUCAAAAAGAAGUCCUUUGAAAAGUACAGCUACAAAGAAGUCCGCUCUUUUCCGAACACUAUGAUUCCUGAAGACAGGAAUGAAACUGCUGAUGACAAGUUGUGCAUUCUUAAAUAUCACUGCACAGCCUUAACCCGUGUAUUUCCUUCAGCUGACCGGAUUGAUUCCUCUAACUUUGACCCUUGUCCUUCAUGGAAAUUAGGUUGCCAAAUGGUGGCUCUAAACUUCCAAAGUGAUACAUACACUUUCCUGAACCACGCUCUCUUCACUUUAAAUGGAGGCGCGGGCUAUGUGCUUAAACCAGAGUGGAUGCGAGACCCAACCAAGAAGAAGACUACUAAACAAAACAUCACAAUCAAAGUGAUAGCAGCAAGACAUCUACCCACUGGCAUGCCUUUUGUAAAUGUUGAACUAUGGCCAUACGUAAACAGCAGAAGUCAUCAAAUCGAUGACUACAGUUUUAAAACUUCUCUUGAAACGAAUGUAAAUCCAGUGUGGUUGGGUCCAAAAAAUCCACCAAGAUGUUUUAAGGUGGAUGAGCCAGACCUUGCUUUCCUGCGCUUUGAGAUUUUAAAGGAAAGCACCUUUUCUGAAGGCGUGCCCCUUGCCCAAGCUACUUUUCCUGUCAGAGGCAUUCGCUCGGGGUAUCGGUCUGUACCUCUGAAGAGUAGUUUUAGUGAAAACCUGGAGCUUGCUUCACUUCUGGUGCAUGUUGAUGUAAAGCAGGUAGAGGAUUAAAGCAAGCACACGUCCUAACCAUAAGGAAUCAGAAGACUACAGAAAUAUUAUCCACAAAGCAAAAAUGGUUCAGGAUUGGUUUGAGGAACACAACAACGAGUUCAAUUUGUUGACUAGGAUCGCAAUCAAAUCGAGCAUCUGUGGGAUGUGCUGGACAAACAAGCCCGAACCAUGGAGGCCCCAACUUACAAAACUUAAAGGAUCUGCUGCUAACAUCUUGGUGCAGGAUUCC